AUUAAAACUGCUUUAAUGACAGUUUCAUUCUGUAGUUACAUUGGAGUGGAACUGGAGUUGAGAUGCCGAGAUCUAAAAUCCUAUUUCUUGUUCUUGCUCUUAGUUUUACUGCUAAAGGGAAACCAAGGGCAAAAACCUUUCUAGUUGAGACUGCAAGUGAAGAGAAAACAGGAUAUGGAGGAAAGCCAGAAGAUUCACCACAUGAAGCUGGAUCAGACUAUAGUGAUGAUGGUGGUUAUGGAGAAACCACAACGGCAGCUCCAAGAGGUUAUGGGGAUCCUACAACUGCAGCUCCAGUAGGUUAUGGGGAUCCUACAACUGCAGCUCCAGUAGGUUAUGGGGAUCCUACAACUGCAGCUCCAGUAGGUUAUGGGGAUCCUACAACUGCAGCUCCAGUAGGUUAUGGGGAUCCUACAACUGCAGCUCCAGUAGGUUAUGGGGAUCCUACAACUGCAGCUCCAGUAGGUUAUGGGGAUCCUACAACUGCAGCUCCAGUAGGUUAUGGGGAUCCUACAACUGCAGCUCCAGUAGGUUAUGGGGAUCCUACAACUGCAGCUUCUGUAGGUUAUGGGGAUACAACACAUGGUUAUGGUGAAACAACCACACAAGGUUAUGGUGUAACAACCACACAUGGUUAUGGUGAAACAACCACAGAUGGUUAUGGUGUAUCAACCACAGGUGGUUAUGGCGUUUCAACCACAGGUGGUUAUGAUGGAACAACAACAGAUGGUUAUGGCGUAUCAACCACAGGUGGUUAUGAUGGAACAACCACAGAUGGUUAUGGCGUAUCAACCACAGGUGGUUAUGAUGGAACAACCACAGAUGGUUAUGGCGUAUCAACCACAGGUGGUUAUGAUGGAACAACCACAGAUGGUUAUGGCGUAUCAACCACAGGUGGUUAUGAUGGAACAACCACAGAUGGUUAUGGCGUAUCAACCACAGGUGGUUAUGAUGGAACAACCACAGAUGGUUAUGGUGUAUCAACCACAGGUGGUUAUGAUGGAACAACCACAGAUGGUUAUGGUGUAUCAACCACAGAUGGUUAUGGUGUAUCAACUACAGGUGGUUAUAGCGUAUCAACCACAGGUGGUUAUGAUGGAACAACCACAGAUGGUUAUGGUGUAUCAACCACAGGUGGUUAUGGCGUAUCAACGACAGGUGGUUAUGAUGGAACAACAACUCCACAAGGUUAUGGUGAUACAACCUCGGCUCCAUCAGGGUAUGGUGAUGCAUCAACUCCUGGAGGUUAUGGGGAAACAACAACAACUCCAUCAGGAUAUGGAGAAACAACAACAAAAGCUCCGUCAGGAUAUGGAGAAACAACAACAUCCGCUCCAUCAGGGUAUGGGGAACCUACAUCAGCAUCUCGAGGAUACUCAAGAAGGCGUCGUGCUUAAUUUAAUCUAAGUGCAUUUUAAGUCAGUUUAAAAAACUUGAAAAUUUGAAUAAAAUACCAUAAUUUCUUUAA